UUGGCCUUUGCCCGGGAUACUGUUCCUGUGUCUUUGCAGAACCUUCCUCUCACAUCCUUCUGGCCUCUGCGCAGACGUCAGCUAUUUGGCGAGGCCUUUCCUAGCAGCCUAAAAUGGCCCCUUUCCUGUUUGCCCAUCUUCUGGCAUUUUGUGUAGGGAACCUAGCAAGGUUGAAUAAGAGUGCAAGGUUGAAUUUGUUCCGGAUGUUGUGGGACCAAAGAGAAAACAAUAAGAAAAGAACAAGAGAGCUGACCUUCACUGAGGUCUUGCUGUUAGCUGACAGGCAAGCAUAAUGUACCACCUCAUUUGCUCCUCAGCUCUUCAGAACUAAGUUCUGUAAUGGUCACAGUUCUGCGCAAGAACAGCUUGAGGCUCAGUGAGAUUUCGUCACCUGCUCGAGUUCACAGCGGCUCUUAAGUAGCAGAAAUUAACCAGCAUGUCGACCACCACAGCCUGUAUUUUUACCCUCUUCUGUGUGAACUGUGGGCAGGGAGGCCUGGAGAUGCCUGUGACUUAUGAGGACGUGGCCGUGACUUUUACUCGGGAGGAGUGGGGGCAUCUGGACCCUGCCCAAAAGACCCUGUACCAGGAGGUGAUGCUGGAGACCUGCGGGCUCCUGGCGUCUCUGGGCUGUUCUUUGCCCAAACCAGAGCUGGUCUACCCACUGGAGCACAGCCCAGGGUCACGGACGUCGAAGACAGGCCUCUCCCCAGGCCUCUGCGCAGUGACCGGACACUCGGCCUUGUCAUUGGGUGCCUGGGGCUGGGGAGUGAGGCUGAGCCGUGUGUCCCAGGAGAGGAGCAGAUGUUUUGGUGAUGGCGCAGAACCUGACACCGCAGACCCUGCCCCUCCUGGCCUGCCCUUGUCUGAGGAGGUCUCACCCCGGGAACGGCUGACUCAGCGAGCCUCAGGGGACUCCCGCUUGGGACAGACCAAGGAUCGAAAUGAGUCAUCUGAAAUGCAGGAAGGCCGCUUGAGACCCAGGGUAGAGCCCCUGAGGGAGAAGCUCCCUGGGAAAGUGAGCCCUGAACGUGAUGGUUUAGGGACAGAUGAUGGGCUGCUCUGCAGGCCUGGGCGGCAGCAGGUCUCUCCAGGAGACGUUCUCCAUGAACGAGACUCACAGGGGUCAGGGAGAGGCCCCCUGAUACAUGAGGGGCAACCCCUGCACAAGUGCGAGGAGUGUGGGAAAGUAUUUAAUAGGAAUUGCUUCCUUGUUCGACAUGAGCAGGUUCACUCUGGAGCGAAGCCCUACGAGUGCACGGAGUGCGGGAAAGCUUUCAGCAAGAGCACACACCUCCUCCAGCACCACAUGGUCCACACGGGGGAGAGACCCUACGAGUGCACGGACUGCGGCAAGGCCUUCAACCGCAGGUCGCACCUCACAAGGCACCAGCGGAUCCACACCGGAGAGAAGCCUUAUGAGUGCAGUGAAUGUGGAAAGGCCUUCACCCAUCGCUCCAAUUUAGUCUUGCAUAACAGGAGCCACACUGGGGAAAAGCCCUUUGUGUGCAAGGAGUGUGGGAAAGCCUUCCGAGACAAGACGGGUUUCCUGCGACACUACAUCAUCCACACCGGAGAGAAGCCCUUUGAGUGUGUGGAGUGUGGGAAGGCUUUCAACCGCAGGUCACACCUCACCUGGCACCAGCAGAUUCAUACUGGAGUGCGACCCUUCGAAUGCAGUGAGUGUGGGAAGGCCUUUUGUGACAGCACAGACCUCAUCCAACACCAUGUCAUCCACACUGGAGAGAAGCCAUACAAGUGCCUCGAGUGCGGGAAGGCCUUCUACCGCAGGUCCCACCUCAAACAGCACCAGCGGAGUCACACUGGGGAGAAGCCCUACGUGUGCGGUGAGUGUGGGAAGGCCUUCACCCACUGCUCCACUUUCAUCCUGCAUAAGAGGGCCCACACUGGAGAGAAACCCUACGAGUGCAAAGAAUGCGGGAAAGCCUUUAGCAAUCGGUCAGACCUCAUUCGACACUUCAGCAUCCACACGGAAGAGAAGCCUUACGAGUGCACGGAGUGUGGGAAGGCCUUUAACCGCAGGUCAUACCUCACCAGGCACCAGCGGAUCCACAGUGGGGAGAAGCCCUACGAAUGCAUGGAGUGUGGCAAAGCCUUUUGCCAAAGGGCAAACCUCAUUCGCCACGCCAUCAUCCACACCGGAGAGAAGCCCUACGUGUGCACUGAAUGUGGGAAGGCCUUCACCUACUGCUAUACCUUUAUCCUGCAUAAGAGGGCCCACAUUGGGGAGAAACCUUUUGAGUGCAAAGAAUGUGAGAAAGCUUUCAGCACCAGGAAAGACCUCAUUCGACACAUUAGCAUCCACGCUGGAGAGAAGCCGUAUGAGUGCACGGAGUGUGGGAAGGCCUUUAACCGCAGGUCUGGCCUCACCAGGCACCAGCGGAUCCACAGUGGAGAGAAGCCCUACGAAUGCAUGGAGUGUGGGAAGUCCUUCUGCUGGAGCACGAGCCUCAUUCGCCACGCCAUCAUCCACACCGGAGAGAAGCCUUAUAAGUGCAGUGAGUGUGGAAAGGCCUUCAGUCGCAGCUCCUCCCUCACUCAGCAUCAGAGGGUUCAUACUGGGAGAAACCCCGUCAGCGUGACCGAUGUGGGGAGACCCUUCACAAGUGGGCAGACCUCAGUCAGCCUCUUGAACACAUUUCAGUUUUGUCACCAAAAGAAAGAGUAGCCAAAUCCUUGCCUUUCAGUCUUCCAACUAAUUUUCUUUAAGCAGCUCUGCUCUACAGAGGUGAAAAUCUAGAUGCUCAUAAAGUAAACGAAGGUCACCAGAGGAUCCAGCUACUCAGAAGUCUGGUAUCUUCUGGACUUGUCAUCUCCACUUCUGGAACUCCACUGCUCCUCACUGAAGGAGGUUCAGAUGAAGAUUUCUGUUAGUCUUCCUAAAUGCUGGCACCCCCAGUGUGCACCUCCCCGUGGGCUCUGUGCUGGCCCACCGCUGUGGUUCUCUACAACUUGCCUUUUAUGAUGUUGAUAUUUUCAGCCUAUAAAAUGGUAUGCCGGAUGUCUGUGCUUAUGAUUGCUAAAUCUGCCACCCAAAGAUUUCCACCUAGUGUCAAAUAAAUUAAAAUUUUUUAUAGUAUUCUGACCAUUUUUUAAAAAACAUUUCCAUGUUCUUUGGACAAAUGCAGGAGAGCAUCUGAGGUACAUCACUGAGUUAUCUUCAACUUUAAUUAAAUAUUCCUUAUGCAUUGAAGUAUAACUUAUAUUCAGUAAUCUCUCUUUUCAGGGUAUAUGUUUUGAUGAGUUCUGACAAAUAAGUAUACAAUUUUGUGACCACUGCCAUGAAGAUGUGAAUCAUCUCAAAAUGUUCCAUCAUGCAAACUCCUCUCCCAAAUGCCAGCUGUAGGAACCACUGAUUGAUUUUCUUUCCUGACAUUUUUGUGUUUUUUUCAGAAUAUCAAAUGAAUGGAAUCACCCAACAUGUGGUCUUUUUUUUUUUUUUUUCCUUCUCCACCUGGCAUAAUGAUUUUGAUACUCAUUCAUGUUGUUCCUUGUUUUUUUUUUCCUUUUGUAACUGAGUAGUAUUUUAUUUUCUGGAUAUACUACAAUUUGUUCACCCAUUAUCCAGUUCAUGGACAACUUUUCCAAGGUUUUGGCUAUUGUGAAGAAAACUGUGGUGAUGUUUGUAUGGAAACACUUUAACUUAUGUAUAAUCUAGGAUUAGAACUGCUGUGUCCUCUGGUGUAUAUAUAUUUACCUAUAAAGGAAGCUGCCGAAUUGUUUUCCAGGAUGGCUGUACCAGUUUGCAGUCUCUCCAACAGCAUAUGGAAGUUCCAGUUGUUCUGCAUCCUUGUCAGCACUUGGAAUCGUCAGUCUUGUUGACUGUUGAAAUUCUAGCAGGGGUGUAGUUGUCUUACUGUGGUUUUUAAAUGGCAUUGCUGGAUUCAGCAUCUUUUCAUACGUUCAUUGGUCAUUCUUUAAUCAUUGGUUAUUUGUCCCAAUCCUUUGUUCAUUUUUUUUCCUUCUCAGCAUUUAGUUGUAAGAAAUUGGUUUUUUUUUUCCUUUCUCAGUAUUCUGCAUGCCAAUCCUUUUAUCAGAUACGUGCUUUGCAAACAGUGUCUCAGACAUUGCCUCAUCUUUAUUUUCUUUGCAGUGUCUUUUGAAGAAUAGAUAUUUUAAGUCUUGAUGUAAACCAAAACUGAUUUUUUAUUUUAAGUGUUCUUUUUGUGUACUAUCUGUAUACUUAGAGUUUGUCCAACCAAACGUUGUAAAUAUUUUGACUUAUAAAGCAUUCUGUGGUUUUAGUUCUUACAUUGUGGCCUAAGACCCAUUUUGAGUUAAUGUUUAUAUACAGUCUGAGGAAAAUAUUCCAGAUUAUUUUAAAACAUUUACAUUUUAUACCCAAGCAAAUCACUUUGAAGGGAUAGUCAUAAGAAAUAAGUGUUUUCUUAUGCUAAAAUAUAUAUACACAAAGGUUUAACGACGGUUUCAUCAUACCCAGGAACUGGAAUUAAUCGAAGUGACAGUCAUCUGUAAGACACUUACAUAAACAAUGAAACAGUCAUUAGAUGGAAGAAAACCAGGGAUGAAAACUGCUGCUUUCAAGCGACAACAUGGAUGAAUUUAAUGGAAAAAAAUACUUUCAAUGGCAGUAUAUGUCAGACACAAAGUAGUCAACACUGUAAACUUCUAUAGAUAAGUUCAUAACCAGGAAAACGUCAUAGAUGGUGAUAAAGGACGUAAUAAUGGCCGUGUUUGUGCAGCAUUAAGUGAGAAGGGACAGUUAUGUGCCUGAGAAGCUCUUGGGCUGUUCUCUCUGCGUGGAGACAGGUUACAUGGGAAGCACAGGUAAGUAGUCUUUAGGCAGUACUCAAGAAUCUCAUUGAAUUAUACAUGUAUGAAAACGGGAGAAGAAAUGUAAGUUAAUACUGAGUCACUGCCCCCCAACUAUAAAGUGGUACACAGCCGUCUUAGCUACGAGCCUGCCCAGUUGCAUAUUCCCCCUUCCACUUCAGAGGACACCAUACAGAGUUUCACUCAAAUUACUCUCUUACAGUUCUCCAGUUUGCCACCUUAAAUGUGUGUCACUAAUAGUAGCCAUUCUCUUUUUGUCUCAUUUAGAAAUUUAUAUGAAUAGAAUAAUGCUUUACAGAUGUGCUGGGAAGCAAGCUGCUGGACAACAAGCAGCUAGAAAACAAGCUGCACCUAAACUUCCAUGAGCUUAAAAUAAUAUAUUCACACUUGCUUGCUUUGUUUUAAUGUUUUAUGCUGUAGAUGACCUAUAGCGCGUAUUAUGCUAAAGAAAAUUUGUGAGGAGAAAUCCUGAGACCGUAAGGGCACGAAGGAGGGCAGAUAUUUCCUUAGGGUAAAACAAUGGAUGGUCCUGGAAAGCCAGAUCAUCCAUUAACAGAACUUUGUUCGGGCAUGAAAGCAUGCGGUUAAGCUCAGGGGGACUGUUUGCUAUCUCAAGAUGUCCUGGAGGCAAUAACGGGAUAGAUUUAGAAAUUUUGCAUACCCCGAGGAGGGUGAUUGUUCCUGGAAGGGACGGCCUGAAGUUAAUCAGUUAACCAGCAAGCAGAAUUUAGCUUAUCGCAUGGAAUAUCUAAAGCCCCACCUCUUUGAUCGCAUUUUUUUCUAAGCUGUAUACCCCUAAUAAAUAUGAUGCUGACUAGGCUUUCGGGGCUCUAGAUCCAUGAGAUCUUGAGUCCUCUGGUCCCAUCUUUGCUCUUU